UAAAUACAUAGGUAGAUUGAUAAAUGCAUAAUUGGAUAUUUAUUUAUAUCGAUGGUUAGGAAACAGUAGAGAGAAGGUUUUAUUGCUAGAGAUGUUAUAGCAGGACCUUCUGAUUCUGUAAACAUCGCUUCUUCGAAGAAAUCUAUGUAACACUGAUUUUAUAAAUGGAUUUGCACUCGACCCAUGUAACGUUGAUUCCAUAUUAUCAAAUAUGCAAUUAUUCUCUGAGUCUCGUUAAUAGUUGUGCCUAAUUGCCAUUACCUUUGAAAUGUCAGCUCAUCGUCGUGUAAUGGAGGAAGACAUUUUUAGCCACAAUAACAACUGCAUUCACACCAACUGCAUUGACAAUAGCACGACACCUUUUAUGGAAGAUUUUACAACAUCGAAUCUUGCAUUCAAAUUAAUCAUCGGCAUAUUCUACGCAAGUAUCUUUCUCCUGGGAUUUUUCGGCAAUGCUCUCGUUUGCUUCGUCGUCGUUCGCAAUCGUCAAAUGCAAACAGUCACGAAUCUUUUCAUCACCAAUCUCGCCCUUAGCGAUGUUCUACUCUGCGUUCUAGCAGUCCCAUUCACACCCUUAUAUACGUUUUUGGGAAGUUGGGUAUUCGGAGACACAUUGUGUCACCUAGUGCCAUACGCGCAGGGCGUUAGCAUUUACAUUAGUACCCUAACACUGACAAGCAUAGCUAUCGACAGGUUUCUCGUCAUCCUUUAUCCAUUCAGACCUAGAAUGAAAAUCUGCAUGUGUCAGUCAAUUAUUAUUGCAAUAUGGAUAGUGGCGCUUCUUUUGACUCUUCCUUAUGGAUUGUAUAUGCAGCCUCAGUCGGAUGAAAGGAACAAUGAGAAUCGCUACUGUGAAGAAGCAUGGCCAGAUGAGCCGUUCCGGAUGACCUUCAGUUCACUAACUUCCAUACUUCAAUUUAUUUUGCCCUUCGUUGUAAUUGCUUUCUGCUAUAUUUGCGUCUCGGUAAGAUUGAACGACCGUGCAAGGAUGAAACCAGGCAGCAAGACGAGCAGAAGGGAAGAAACCGAUAGGGAGCGAAAGAAAAGAACUAAUCGCAUGCUCAUAGCAAUGGUUGCAAUUUUCGGAGUCAGCUGGUUACCUCUGAACAUUGUCAAUGUCGUCGAGGAUUUUUAUCCACCAGCAAUGAAGUGGACAUUCUAUAAAGUAUUGUUCUUCAUGGCGCAUUGUUUGGCAAUGAGCAGUACCUGCUACAACCCUUUUCUUUAUGCCUGGUUAAAUGACAACUUUCGGAAAGAGUUUAAACAGGUUCUGCCGUGCUUCAGCCAGAGUUCGGAGUACGGAGGUCGGGGUUCAGGCGGCGAAGGUUUACGCAGUGAGCGUACUUGCAACGGUAACGAACAAACAGUCCAGGAAAGUUUGCUGCCCAGUCAAUUAGCAAAACAGUACUCAGGCUGCGAGAUGAUUUCUCUCGAGCCCACGACCAACGUUACCAAGAACUUCGACUGAGAGGCCUUUCAUUUUUAAAGUUCAAUCGAGAUUCACUAUUGCGUUCAAAUAUUAUUAAACUAGCCGAAAUUGUUGGCGAG